UAUGUGAUCUCCUGGAUACAAUCAGGCACACACACAAGUACCAGGCACUCCUGCUCAGCCCAGCAAAAUGUCUUUCUCCUAGAAGUGGUGCUCAUCACAGCCUGCAGAUCCUUGACGAUGUUGCCAUGCUUUCCUGCCUGCCUCCUGCCUUUUGCUGCCUUUGCCUGCCUGCUUUUCCUGCCCGGGGGGCAGCUUUGCCCUGCUGUCUGUAGCUGUAUGGACUACCACACCAUAGACUGCCGGGAUCAAGGACUCCCGAGUGUUCCCAACCCCUUCCCAUUGGAUGUACGGAAACUUCUCAUAGCUGAUAACAACAUCCAGGCAAUACCAGCUGACUUCUUCAUAUUUUAUGGAGACCUAGUCUAUUUGGACUUCAGGAACAACUCCCUCACCUCUUUAGAAGAGGGCACUUUUAGCAGUUCUACCAAACUGGUGUACUUAGACUUAAGCUACAACAAUUUAACCCAGCUCGACGCCGGGACAUUCAAAUCAGCAGAGAAGCUGAUAAAACUGAGCCUUGGGAACAAUAACCUGGUGGAGGUGGACGUGGCUGCUUUUGAGAACCUGGACCAGCUCCAAGUGUUAGAACUGAAUGACAAUAACUUACAGAGCCUCAACGUGGCAGCCCUGGAAGCGCUGCCCUCCCUGCGGACCAUCCGCCUGGAGGGCAACCCGUGGGUGUGUGACUGUGACUUUGCCAACCUUUUCAGCUGGAUACAGGACAAUGCAUCCAAGCUCCAGAAAGGUCUCCAUGAAAUCCAGUGUUCCCUGCCCGUGGAGAACAGAAGGAUCUUUCUGAACGAGUUGUCUGAGGUCAGCUUUAGUGAAUGCAAAUUCAGCUUGUCACUGACAGACCUUUUCAUCAUCAUCUUCUCUGGAGUGGCCGUGUCCAUUGCUGCAAUCCUGUCCAGCUUCUUCCUGGCCACCCUGGUGCACUGCUUCCAGAGGUGUGCUCCCAGCAAGGACGACGACGACGAUGAAGAUGACAGUGAGGACUGAGCUCAGUCGAAAUCCUUAACUUCCCUUGGUUCAUCAGUUACCAGAUCAUCAGCCAAAGUCUAUGAGGAAAAAAAAAAAAAAGUAGAGCAAAAGCUUUAAAUGUGACUUAAACUCACAAUGUGUAAGGAUCCCUUCUAGCCACUGAUGGUCACAGGCAGGAAUGGCAGAGCUGAGGCUGUCACCUCUGCUUGCACACGCACCCUGCUGCAACCAGAGCAGGUUGAUUUCCAUGGUCCUUGAUCAAACACUGCAUUUAAAUGUUGAAGAAUGAAUGAAAAAGGGGGGAAAGCCAAAAAAAUUUCCAGUGUUUUAAAAGAUGAGUUUCCAGAUUGUCCUGAUGAGAUGCAGAUCCUGAUAAGUGCUUGAAGUUUGUUCUAGAUACACUUUGAACAGGGCUGGAUGAAUGGGGAUGUUUCAGGUUGAAAAUACAGAAGCAACUCAAAAUAGUAUCCUUCCAAAUCUGAGUACUGGCAGAUUCUGUUAAAACUCACACAAAAUGCAAUUAAAAUGAUUCCUAGAAUUGUAGAAAGCAUGAGAGGAAGGUUGGCAUCUUCCCCCUACAGAAGUUCUCCAGAAACAUUCAUCCUCCAUUUAAUGACAGCAAUUGCAGGCACCAUUCAGCAAAAGAAAAAAAUAUAUAUAUAUUUCUGUAAGUGAAUAUGAUUCUGGGUCUGAGUCAUCCACUGCAGAUGCCUGGCACUUCUUUGGUCAUGGCACAAAUACUAAAUAUAACAUCCUUUUUGCAUUUUUAGAUGCAGUGAAGUAAAGGAUUUCCCUCCCCGUAAUGCUCGGCACCAGUAACUGUUGCAGCAUCCAGUCCAUUUAGCUAUUUUAAAGCACUAAGGGCUAUAUUCUGCUCCUGGUUAUACUGGAAUAACCCAAAUGAGAUGAACACCAUGAUCCAAAUUGGCAACUGUAUAAACAAAAGUGAAACCCGGCCCAACGUAUUUCUGACUGUAUUACAGGUUUGUAGAAACUUGAGCUCUUCUACAUGAUGGUAGAUAUUUUUGUUAAAAUUUAAAAAGACAUUUAUUACAAGAGAUUUUUGGAAUAGUGCUGGACAGCUUUUUAGGAUAAGUAUAUUUUUUAAAUAUUUGUAAUGGAAAUAUUUUUUUAAAGCUCUGUGUAUUUAAAUUAUCUAGAGUAGCUGUGAGGGCUUAAGGUGAUGAACAACAUAGCACUAAGCAAGCUAAGGACUGUACGCUGUUAUAAAGUAAUUAGAGCUGAUAAAGGUAGCAUUUAUUUAACUACUGUAAAUGCUAUUAUUUCUUUUUUAAAAAGCACUCUUUGGUUCAAGCACUGCCUUGUUCAGAAGGAGGGAAUCCCCCUGCGUGGUGGGGGUGUCCAGCAGACCCCUUCCCUCAGCCCUGCCUGUGAUCCCCCCGGCAGGGAUCAGCGGGAAGGUGCAGCCAAGCGCAGCCUGUCCGUGCCUGGCCCCGGGAGCUGCAGCCUGAGCAGCCCUCCAGGCUUGUCCCCUGCUCUGGGGCUGUGGCUUGUCCCCUGCUCUGGGGCUGUGGCUUGUCCCCUGCUCUGGGGCUGUGGCUUGUCCCCUGCUCCGGGGCUGUGGCUUGUCCCCUGCUCUGGGGCUGUGGCUUGUCCCCUGCUCUGGGGCUGUGGCUUGUCCCCUGCUCCGGGGCUGUGGCUUGUCCCCUGCUCCGGGGCUGUGGCUUGUCCCCUGCUCUGGGGCUGUGGCUUGUCCCCUGCUCUGGGGCUGUGGCUUGUCCCCUGCUCCGGGGCUGUGGUUUGUCCCCUGCUCUGGGGCUGUCAUUUGUCCCCUGCUCUGGGGCUGUCAUUUGUCCCCUGCUCCGGGGCUGUGGCUUGUCCCCUGCUCUGGGGCUGUCGUUUGUCCCCUGCUCUGGGGCUGCAGGGGGAGGGCAGAGCCCGGGCUGUCCCUGGGGACCAGCCCUGCCCAGCUGCACCAAGGCUUGCUCGGUGUGCUGAGGUCACAGCCAGGAGGAGGGAGUUUAUUUCUGUGUUCAGUGCACUCACUGCUUCCACAGUUGGGGUUAUCACUUCUGAAAACACUGAGACAGGAUUGGGCAGUACAGGGAGAGGCUAUUCUGUAUCAAUACUGUCUUAUUCUAUGACAAUUCCGUCAAGGAAAAAUGAAAUGACAUGAUUUUCACUGUGUAGUGCCAUGAUUAUAAACAACAC